CGCGUACUGUCGGCGCCGAUGCCAACCUAACGCGAGGGAAAGGCACUAGAUCUCGUACGAUCGGUCACGAUGCAGUGUUCGGUUUCUCCAGUUCACGCACCAAUCUAUAAUCUCUCGCUUCCUCGUCAUUCUCCGAUUCUUGCUUUCCGUUCGCUGAUAUCUCGCGGCUGUUCAGAAAUUUUUCGUACAGACCCGCCGCCCCCUCAAUCUCAAGACUGGUUUCCAUUGAUUUCGUUCUGUCGGAAAUAAGAAUUGCUCAAGCUUUUUUUGUCGAAUCGAAACGAGAGAAGUCCUCGUUCUUAUCUUCACUAGCACGCACGUUUCGACGGAAGCUCUCGAAGUUGGCUCGACUUUGCAAGAGAGUUACGCAUCAGAUCGGUACACAUCAGUCAGUGCCCCGAGGAAAUCGACAAAGAGAAGAGAGGAGAGAAGAGUGUAACAUUGCCAAAUAGAUUCAGUCGCAUUUGAAUGCGUUUUUGAUUGCAGCCAGGCAGGCAAUCAAUCAAGCGGGGUUGGUUGUUCGGAUCGAAGAGAUGAAGAAGGUCUUGUGGAAUCUCGAGGGAACGUUUGAUCGUAUGGCGGCCACCGGGUCCGAUCUACGGAGCGUAAUUGUUCUAAGAUACUGUCGGUCGAGGAUCGUUCGUCGAGAGUUGUUCAGUGCGCCCGACAGACUCAAGUCCGUAUAAAUGAACGGUAAUCGGUCAUCCGUACGUUUCGCUAGAUCGCGGGGCGAGGGCCACAUUUCGAAAGGCAUAUUUCCCUCCUUCGCGGCUGGCAGCGAGUCACCAGCUGACUUGUUUUCAUCAUUGAUUCACCGUCAACUGGACAAGGUUGUUGCCUACGCACGAUACUGUUGCCGAUCCUCCGUUGCCGCUCCCCAAUCCGCCAUUCGAUCACAGUGCUUUGAAGACGAUAAUCGGUACACAAUUGUGACAAAUAAUCGUACAUUCUCGUGAUGUCGCCGAUGGACAACAGAAAGGUAAUGGGAUCGUCGGUUAAAGCGCGGAUCUUAAAAGUGCUUUGCUUCGUCCGCCGUGUAGAGGAGGGGAUCGUUAGUUAGGUUCGUCUUAACCUAAUGGAAGUCGAGGAUAGAACGGUCGUUCAUACUGUAAUACUUGUUUUCUGUGAUUGUUUCUCCCCCUCCCCAGCCCCUUCUCCCGCAGUGGUGAAAUUCGAAUUGAAAAUUAUAUAAUAUUCUCGUAGAAUUUCUGAAUAGUCAUGGCUUCUAUGUGUCGCCACUGGAGACUGUGGAUUUUGCCAGUUUCAGCUGGUCUCUACGCUCUGUCAAUAGUUAGCUUGAUACCGAUCCUAUUGGCCACCUCGACGUGGGCCAACAGCAAGAAGAAGAAUCAAGCGGCUCUAAUUGGCGGUGCUUUCGUGCUCCUUACAUUGCCCAUCGCGUUGUACGAGAUUGUCCAGCAUAUGAUACAUUACACACAUCCUGGACUGCAGAAGCACGUUAUAAGUGGCUGGGCCUGAUGCUGUCGAAGGGCGGCAUAUACGUUGACAAUUUGAGAGAGUACUACGAGGCGUAUGUAAUUUACAAUUUCAUGAUGUAUUUAUUGGCCUAUGUGAAUGCGAGACCCGAGGAGAGACCGGACGAGAGAUCGUACGAGGAGAGAGUGAUCGACGAGAGAGCCCACGAGGAGAUCCUCGAUCAGGAUAGACCUGACGAGGAUGGGCUCGAUGAGGAGAAAUCCGACAAUGAGAGAUCCCCGAACGAGCAGAAACCGAACGAGAGAUCCAAAUCCCUGCAGAUGCAUCACUCGUUCCCGUUUUGUUGCUUACACGAUUGGGAGAUGGGCAGGGAGUUCGUGCACAAGUGCAAGCACGGAAUACUGCAGUAUACCGCGGUCAGGUCUCUGACGUCAUUGAUAUCUUUUAUCUGUGAUCUGAACGGAGUGUAUGGUGAGGGUGAAUUUCGGACGGACGUAGCUUUUCCAUAUCUGGUUGCUGUAAAUAAUUUGUCUCAGUUCGUUGCCAUGUACUGUCUGGUGCUUUUCUACCGUGCCAACGCCGAAACGUUGAAACCAAUCAAACCGAUCAGGAAGUUUUUCUGUAUCAAAGCGGUUAUAUUCUUCUCUUUCUUUCAAGGUGUGAUCGUUGCAUUCCUAGUGAAUUUCGGUGUGAUAUCAAGUAUUUUUAACACGAGUGACACGGAGGAUAUCAGAAAUAUAUCCUCGAACAUUCAGGAUUUUUUAAUCUGCAUUGAGAUGUUUAUGGCUGCGCUGGCCCAUCAUUUUAGUUUUUCAUACAAGUGUUUCGUGAAUCCAGCGCGGGGCCAGACGUGGUGGGACGCAUUCAGGGCCAUGUGGGACGUGUCGGACGUUCAUAAUGACAUUAAAGAGCAUUUUGAUGUACUAAGGUCCUCGUUAGGCCGCAGGAUACGCGGUAGAAGUGCCUCUGCACAGGGCUGGAGGAUGGUGACCGAACGCACGUCCCUUCUCCCAGAGACUUCGGGGACCACGGGCGGUGACGAGCCAUCGUGUUCCUUCUCCAAUACAGGGGAGACGGAAGAGGAUGAGCUCGGUGUCUUCCACUCACUUCCGUACGUGGACAAUACUAAGAACACGGUUAGCGUGUAAUCCCUGUUGUCGGGGAAGGUCUCCUCCGCCAUCCUCGUUACAACCCUUUUAGUUGAGAAAGAAAGAAGGAGAGAGAGUGAGAGACUAAGGAAACGUUAAACGAAAAGAAAAAAAAAAAAAGACGUAAUUC